AUGCAGCAAAAGAAAGCAGAACACACAGAUCAUCAGAAAAAACCCAAGUUCUUAAUCAACGAUCACGUAGACAUCCUAAUAGAGAUCCUCAAGCACCUCGACGGACCUUCCCUCUGCGUCGCCUCCUGCGUCUGCCGCCUCUGGUGCACCAUUGCCCGCAACGACUCACUCUGGGAGCACCUCUGCUUUCGCCACGUUUCCUCUCCUCCCCCUUCCUCCGUACGAGCAGUCGUCGUGGCUCUCGGAGGCUACAAGCAGCUAUACAUGGUCUGCGUCCGGCCAGUCCUGAGCCGACUGGGCCACUCGGACAGGGUCAGGCGGCGUACUGUCUGGACACGCGACAUGGUGCAGCUCUCCCUCUCUUUAUUUUGCGUCGAUUACUACGAGAGGAGACUGGGGGAUGCCUCCGCUUCGUCGCUCAUGUUCCUCUGCAAGCCCGUGAACGUCUGA